UAGUAAGUCAUUACAGUGCCAACGCUCGUGGCGAAAAGAGCGAGUGAAAAACUCCAAAAGAAAGUUUUCCAGCAGUUAAGGUUGUGCGUGCAAAACUCGCCAUUUGACAACAACCCAUUAAAAUUAACAACUUGAUCUGCCGAUCUGUAGCGCGAAAAGCGGGGAAACUGCUGGAGAAGUGAAGGUGUCCGUAUCCCCGAAGAGCGAGUGUCAACAAGCCGGUAAAACGGCGAAUAAAUCGUGCAAAUAGCAGACAGCAGACGGCAGACAACAGACGUCUGAGUGGAACCCAGACCGAACCUGACUGAAUCGGGGCUUAUUUAAAGCCCGCUACCCGCCGACUGUCAAUCAGAACAAUUCAAGCUGCCGGCGGCAGCAGAUCGCGAGUGAAGAAAUCCAGAAGAAUUCCGAAGAAAGCCGCAGAGGCUUCUGCAAAUAAAAAAAAUACCAUAUAUCGGUGGGGAAAAUGCUCCGACACCUUGCACACAAAAGUUAAACUGCAAAUAUAGUAACACCCCCGUACAAAGCAUUGUGUGCAGUGCAGUAUUGUGAUAUUUAAACGCGCCACCUGCGGCGUCGUAAUCAAUUUGUUUUAACACUUUGUGUUCAACUUAAACAAAGUCACUAAGUCCAUAAAGCCUGCACAACACCACAAUUAGCAAGAUGUCCGCGUCGAAGGAGGCUAUUUGUGCCAGCACCGAGAAGGAUCUUGAAAAGCCAGCGCUGGGAUGCUUUGCCACCCGGUACUUUGUGACCUUUAUGCUUUUCCUGGGCAUGGCCAAUGCGUACGUGAUGCGCACUAAUAUGUCGGUUGCCAUUGUGGCCAUGGUUAAUCACACGGCCAUUAAGACCGGUGAAGAGGAGUACGAUGAUGAGUGCGGAGAUCGGGAUAUACCAAUUGACGAUUCCCAAGAUGGCGAGUUCCCCUGGAGCUCGGCCCUGCAGGGCUAUAUCCUGUCCUCCUUCUUCUACGGCUAUGUGAUCACCCAGAUUCCCUUCGGCAUCUUGGCCAAGAAGUAUGGCUCUCUGCGAUUCCUGGGCUAUGGCAUGCUGAUCAACUCGGUGUUUGCCUUUUUGGUUCCGGUGGCUGCCCGUGGCGGAGGAGUUUGGGGUCUGUGUGCGGUGCGCUUUAUCCAGGGUCUGGGUGAGGGUCCCAUUGUGCCCUGCACCCACGCCAUGUUGGCCAAAUGGAUUCCGCCCAACGAGAGAUCCCGCAUGGGGGCAGCAGUCUACGCGGGUGCUCAAUUUGGCACAAUCAUCUCGAUGCCACUUUCCGGCUUGCUGGCCGAAUACGGUUUCGAUGGCGGUUGGCCAUCGAUUUUCUACGUGUUUGGCGUGGUGGGAACCAUCUGGUCCAUUGCCUUCCUGGUCUUUGUGUACGAGGAACCCUCUGCGCAUCCCACCAUCGAUGAGCGCGAGAAGAAGUACAUCAAUGAUGCCCUCUGGGGAACUGAUGUGGUCAAGAGUCCACCCAUUCCCUUCAAGGCCAUCAUGAAGUCGCUACCCUUCUACGCCAUUCUGUUCGCCCACAUGGGUCACAACUAUGGCUACGAGACCCUGAUGACCGAGCUGCCCACCUACAUGAAGCAGGUGCUCCGCUUCUCCCUGAAGUCGAACGGUUUGCUCAGCUCCCUGCCCUACCUGGCCAUGUGGCUCUUCUCCAUGUUCAUCUCGGUGAUCGCCGACUGGAUGAUCAGCUCGAAGAGAUUCUCACACACGGCCACCAGGAAGCUGAUCAACAGUAUUGGCCAGUAUGGUCCUGGCAUUGCCCUGAUAGCCGCCUCCUACACGGGCUGUGAUCGAGCUCUAACGUUGGCCAUCUUGACCAUUGGCGUGGGCCUCAAUGGCGGCAUCUACUCCGGCUUCAAGAUCAACCACUUGGACCUCACCCCGCGUUUCGCUGGUUUCCUGAUGGCCAUCACUAAUUGUUCGGCCAAUUUGGCAGGUCUACUGGCGCCCAUUGCUGCGGGCAACCUCAUCUCGGAUCACAGCAAGCCCAUGAUGGGUCAGUGGCAGAUCGUGUUCUUCAUCGCCGCGUUUGUGUACAUCAUCUGCGGCACCUUCUACAACAUCUUCGGCUCCGGUGAGCGACAGUUCUGGGACAAUCCGGAGGAUGAUGAGCAGAAACCGGCCCUGCAGACCUCGAGCACCACCCCGCAAAGGCUGGGCAAUGGCAACUCGGCGCCACAGGCCAUCUCCAGCUCCUAAGACUCCAAAAAUGGCCCUAGUAUUAGCCGUCAUUACUAUUAAUACGUACACGAUACUAUAUAGUUUAGUCCUUGUUUUAGUUACCUAUUUGUUAAGCCAAAAGUUGUUAAUAUUGAUAGUUUAGCCUUUGAUCUAUUCCUGUGCCUGCAUAUACACCGCUAAAAAGACAGUAGUAAGUUUCCCAUUGUAAAUAUGUUACUUUUGGGAACUCCAAACGAACCCACACCAAAUCGAGCACAAAUCGUCAACUUUAGAGUAGGGAAAAUCGAGGUCUACCAUUGCAAAUGCGUAGUUUUCUUUAACUUAUUGUGAUAGCGACAGAGUUUAGUUCUCUUACUGAUUUCACUGUUUUGAAAUUAAAUGAUCCGCUCAAGAGAACGUUGUUGGGCAAACAACCAAAUGUAUGGAAACCAUUAAAAACUACUAGUUUAAGAAACAAACAAAA